UAAAUGCGUGAGUGACCCUAACCUGACCAUUGUCAAAUUCGACGCAAAUGACAUUUCUUUUGAAAAAAUUAUCCUAAAUAAAAGAAGAAUGUUGAGGCCAAAAGCUCUUACCCAAGUUUUGAGUCAAGCAAACACGGGAGGUGUGGAAAAUACUUUAUUACUAAACAGAGAUGGUGGUCUGCUGGCAUAUAGCGGAUAUGGUGAUAAGGAUGCGCGGGUUACAGCUGCUAUAACAAGCAGCAUUUGGUCUGCAUACGAAAAAAAUGGACGUAACGCUUUCAAAGAAGAUGAGCUGCAAUUUGUUUUGAUGGAUUGUGUAAAUGGAAAAGUCGUCAUUACCGAAGUUGCAAAUUUACUUCUAUGUCUUUAUGCGAGGGAAAACGUUGGAUUCGGACUUCUAAGAGAAAAGGCUCAAGCAUUAGCCAAAUAUCUCGAUCAGCCUCUAAAAAUGAUAGCUAACAUGCCGUAAAUUUCGUAUAUCACGACUGAAACCCUGAAAUUUAAGAUUUUUUUCGAUUGUACUUCUGUGUAACUCACGCAGGUUUUGUAAUUCAUAUUACAUUUGUACAUAAAUACAUUUUUAUUUUAUCAA